AGGCUGUUCAGGAGGUUCUAGUCGCUAGUCCCCCACCACCGCGUGUCAGGACGAGUUCGCACAUUUCAGUUUCCUUAUUAUGUUAUAGACUAUGUUUCAAACUUGUAUCUUUUGACAUUUGGAUCUUGUACGAUUUCUUAUUCUCGAUGGGUUUUCGUUUAGAUGCAUGCUGAUGAUUUGUGUUUUAUGAGCGUAGUUGAGUAGGAUACCGAAUUUAUAUUUUAUGGGUGUAGUUGAGUAGGAUAUCGGAUUUGUGCUUUAUGGAUGUAGUUGAGUAGGUUAUUUGAAAUGUUUAUCUUAUCGUUGCUUAGGUUAAUGUUUUACUAUUAAACUGCGUGGGUGUUUGAUUAUUUUCAUUGCUAUUAUACAUAUGUUCCAGCCGUGUUGGCCGAGGUAUCUGGAUUGAUGUAGUCAAGUUUCAUAUUGUCACCUGUACAGAGGAGAUGUUGUCGAAAUUUCUUCUGGCAGAGACUACCUGGGGUGUGCCAGUCUGGAUUUUUACUCAGUAUCUGAGACUUCAAGACUUCAUGCUGAACAUCUAAUCCAUGACCUAUCUAAUCUUCCACCUAGUGUCUGCGACCCCCAGGAUUUUCACCUAGAGUCCUCGACUCAAGAAUUUCAUCCAAAGUUCUCGACCCGCCAAGACUUCGUCGAGUCCCCUAGACCAAGACUUCGUUGUCUAACUGCAGGUAGGACUUUCUACUUGUCUAACCGUAGUUAGGAUUUUCCACAUGCCUAGUAUCAACUAGGACUUUCCUGCAAACUCAGUCAACUUUAUUAAACAAUAAGAAAUAUUAACUUUAAACUUUUAGUCAUAUUCAAAACUUAGAUUCGACCGCCUGAUACUUUCUGUACCAAUAUAUAGUCUGUUAUUUUAUUUUAUUUGUCUUUUGGUUAUAUAUCGGUGUUGUUUUAUUAUGAGAGAUGAAGAUUCUACAAUUCUACAGCGUCCAAUUGUGAAAUUAUAGUAGAAGUUUUCUAUAUUGUUGAAGUACCCGAUCUAGGUCUAUAAGUGUAGCAUUUGGGAUGAGAAAUUAUUGUGUUAGCAUGACCUUCAAUCACAGGCGGUAAACCUCGCCGAAUGUUAUCAAUCCGCAAUACUGCAACUCUGUAGCUUAGUAAAUGACAAUGUAACGUUGAAUAAGAUGAAUCUCACCCCACAGACACGGUGCAAUGCAACGGUAAAGUGUCAAGAUAGAUUCCUAAAGGAUUAAAAAAAAACUCUCGCGGUGCAUUAUCCAUUUCUGGACCGGCUGAUAGCGUAUUUGGUCAACAAGUGAUGGUAGCCACCAGGGAGAGGCAGAGAAAGACAAAACAAUUCUAUCCCCCACUGACCUCGCUUCUCGCCAGGAACUCAAAACCCGUUAUCCAAAGACACAGCAACGUCCUCCGCCACUGCUGCAAACAACACCACCUCUUCUCCCCCUUCUUCCUCACUUCAACAUGAACGACACCGUCGACAAGCUCGUCGUCUUCCUCGCGAAGCGCGACGGCAUCGACAAGCUAGUCAAGACCUUCCAGUACGUCUCCAAGCUCGUGCAUUGGCAGGCGGAGGCAUCCCGCCCGGACCUCGCCCGCCGCGCCAAGAGCUGGGAGGUCGCCUCCGGCCUCAGCCGCAAGGCCUUCCGCUCCGGCCGCUUCCUCACAGGUUUCAACGCCCUCCGGCGCAGCCCGGGGAGCACCCCGCUGUUCCGCUUCCUCGCUGUCUUUGCCAACGCCGGUGAGAUGGUCUACUUCUUCUUCGAUCACUUCCUCUGGCUCUCCCGCGUCGGGGUGCUCGACGCCGGCCUGGCGCGGCGAAUGAGCUACGUCUCGGCCUUCGGUGAGGCGCUGGGAUACGUCUUCUUCGUGGCCAUGGACGCCAUUAUGAUAAAGAAGGGGUUGGCGGAGGAGGCGACGGCGGCCCAGGAGGAGGAGGUGAGGCGGAUCAGAGGUGAUAGGGUGAUGAGAUUGAUGGCGGUAGCGGCCAACCUGGCGGAUUUUGUUAUUGCGGUGGCAGACAUCGAGCCUAAUCCUUUCUGCAACCAUGCCGUCACGUUGGGUAUCAGCGGCUUGGUCUCAGCGUGGGCUGGUUGGUACAGGAACUGGCCCUCAAAAAUUUAAUUCAAGGAGAGUGAGGAGGAGAUUUCAAGAUCGCUCGCAUACUGAUAAUACAGAUAACAAAACAACAUCUGCCGUUUGGGUAAAGGCAAAGCUUGCUUGCUUGUACCAGUUGUUAUACAAUCAUAUAAUCUUAUAUAUCACAUCUCAAGUCUACAAUCCUCUGCAACCAACUUGUUCUUUCGAUACAAAUUAAUUCAUAUUACAGUUGUUAGUA